AACCAUGGCUUCACCUUCUUUCUCCCCUCUUACCCUCCUCACAUUCCUCCUCCUGACCUCUCUCCAAGCCAACGCAGGCACAAUCGCCGUCUACUGGGGUCAGAACGGCAAUGAGGGGACUCUCUCCGACGCCUGCGCUACAAAGAACUACGGCUUCGUCAUCCUCUCCUUCCUAACCGUCUUCGGCCGCAACCAAACCCCCGUUCUCAACCUCGCCGGCCAUUGCGACCCUCCGUCCGGCACUUGCACAUCCCUCUCCUCCGACAUCCUCUCAUGCCAAUCCCUCGGAAUCAAAGUCCUCCUCUCCCUCGGCGGAGACUCCAGCGGUUACUCCCUCUCCUCCGCCGACGACGCCAAAAACGUCGCCGCCUAUCUAUGGAACAAUUACCACGGCGGCACUUCCUCUGCCCGCCCGCUCGGCUCCGCCGUUCUCGACGGCAUUGACUUCGACAUCGAGGCUGGCGGCGCCGACUACUACGACGUGCUCGCGCAGACCCUCGCUGACUACGGAAAUCAAGCAGGGAAAAAAUUGUACCUUUCGGCGGCGCCGCAAUGCCCCUACCCUGACGCACAUUUGAACAAGGCGUUGGCUACAGGGCUGUUCGACUUUGUUUGGAUCCAGUUUUAUAAUAAUCCGCCGUGUCAGUACGCGAAUGGGAGUGCGGAUAAGCUGGUUAAAGCAUGGGAAGAGUGGACGGCGAGUGUGGACGCGUCGGUGUUCUUCGUGGGGUUGCCGGCGUCUCAGGAUGCUGCGCCGAGCGGAGGGUAUAUCGCGCCGAGCGACUUGGAGUCGAAGGUGUUGCCGGCGGUGAGGACGUCGGCUAAGUAUGGGGGGAUAAUGCUAUGGAGCAGGUACUAUGAUUUGCUUAAUGGGUAUAGCAACGCAGUAAAGGGCAGCGUUUGAUGGGUUUUUUCUUUAACAGGAUUAAAUAAGCGUUGACAAAAUUUUAUGUUUGAUGAGAAUAAUAAGGGUUGACCGGUGAUUCUUAUCGAUUAGACUGUAAGAUUUUAUUUGGAGCAGUAUUUAUUGAUGAAAAUAAUACGUUGAAUGUUCAA